AUCAUAUAGUACAAUUUCUUGAUUUUCGAUUAUAUUGUAACUUUUUUUAAAUAAAUAUAUAUAUUUUUUUCUUUUGUGUAUACUUGCAAAAGUUUCCAUUUUCUCCCAGAUUGCGAUCAUCAAUUUUCAUCAUUUGCCCAAAUUUCCAAUUGCAGUUUAAAACCCUUUACUUCAAUUUUGCAGAUAAAAAAACCCCAGAAAUUCGCAACGUUAAUCUCUCUCUUUCUAUAUAUCCGAUUUUACCAACACACAGAAAACCCUCAAAAUUGGCGCUCUCACCAAACACACACACUCUAUCUAUUUCUUCGAUUAAUGAUUCUUACUGAUAAUUCCAAGCGACAUCGUAAAUUUUAUCCUAUAUAUUUGUUUGAAAUUUCUCGUUGAUUUCCAUAUUGAUUGUCAUCGAAUAUAACCCUUUUUUCGUGUUAGGGUUUUGUUGACAAUCCUCUUACCGAUCUUUAUGAUCGGAUUUUCUACGUAUUAUUUGAGCUUCCCGAGUAGUUUCUCUUCGUAGGGGAUCCCUUUUUAGGGUUUGUGGUGGAGAAAGGAAUCCUUGUUACUUUUGACAAAUUUUUCUGCCAUUCAUUUCAAAUCAAAGUUCCCACCUUCAGUGUAUCAUCUCUUUAGGGUUGCUCAUACACUUUUAGUGCUUAUAUGUUCAUAUGCAAUUACAUGUUUUUGUGAUUUGAAAACUACGUCACGUUUUGCAAUCAAACCUUUUGAAAAUUUUGGGGACAUCAACAAGUUUUGAACUUCGACUUGGGGGAUUGAAUCGCCUGGAAUUUUGGGUAGCAUAGAGUUAUUUUGCAUGGGCGACCAUGAGGAAUGGUCACAGCCCCGAGGCGGCCUAUCGCCAAAUGGGCUAUUGCCCAAUGCAGGUCCGUUGCUAGAGAGUUUAGAUUCAGUUCGAUGGUUGAAAGCCGAGGAAAGAACUGCAGAGCUUAUUUCCUGCAUUCAACCCAAUCAGCCAUCUGAAGAACGAAGGAAUGCUGUCGCUGAUUAUGUACAAAGACUUAUUAUGAAGUGCUUCCCCUGCCAGGUUUUUACUUUUGGGUCUGUACCCCUUAAAACGUAUCUACCUGAUGGAGAUAUUGACUUAACAGCCUUCAGUAACAGUGCAAACUUGAAGGACUCAUGGGCGAGUGAAGUUCGUGAUAUGUUGGAGAUCGAGGAGAAAAAUGAAAAUGCAGAAUUUCAUGUGAAGGAGGUUCAAUACAUUCAAGCAGAAGUGAAGAUUAUAAAGUGCCUUGUUGAAAACAUUGUGGUAGAUAUAUCUUUUAAUCAGCUUGGAGGAUUGUGUACCCUUUGCUUUCUUGAGGAGGUUGAUAAUCUGAUAAACCAGAACCAUUUGUUUAAGAGGAGCAUUAUACUGAUCAAAGCCUGGUGUUAUUAUGAGAGCCGCAUACUUGGUGCUCAUCAUGGGCUCAUAUCAACUUAUGCCCUUGAGACUUGGUUCUUUACAUAUUCCAUGUUUUCAACAAUUCUUUUGCUGGACCUCUUGAGGUACUUUACCGUUUUCUGGAGUUCUUUAGUAAUUUCGACUGGGAAAACUUUUGUGUUAGCUUAUGGGGUCCUGUGCCAAUAAGCUCACUUCCAGAUGUGACUGCUGAGCCACCUCGUAAGGACAGUGGAGAAUUGCUGUUGAACAAAGUAUUUCUUGAUGCUUGUAGCUCUGUGUAUGCUGUUUUUCCAGGUGGUCAGGACAACCAAGGCCAAACUUUUGUUUCCAAACAUUUUAAUGUUAUUGAUCCAUUGCGUGUUAGCAAUAAUCUUGGACGCAGUGUCAGUAAAGGUAAUUUUUUCAGAAUACGCAGUGCCUUUGCUUUUGGGGCUAAAAGGCUGGCAAGAUUACUAGAUUGCCCUCAAGAAAAUCUAGUUGCUGAGGUAAAUCAGUUUUUUACCAAUACGUGGGAACGACAUGGCAGUGGCAUUCGUCCUGAUGCACCUGGUUGUUUGACUUCAGUAUCUGAAAGUCAACCUCUCACUGAUAUUUUAAAGAUCAAUUCAACUGGAAAAAAAUUCAAAAACUCUGUUGGCCGUGAGAGUGAGUUUGAAGACACCCGUUCCCGCAAUUCAUCUCGUCAGUCAGAAACCGGAAAACCCCAAACUACCCUGAUGUUACUGCAGCUCCUCGUGCCCAAAAGGGUCAUGGAAACUUAAACAGAGGACAGAAGAAUUUGAUAUCUGGUCAACUGGUCAAUGACAUUCAAAGGUCUCCUUUUGCUAGAACAAGAUCCAGUCCUGAAUUAACAGAUACAUACAAUGAUGUUUCUUCUCAAGGUUUGUAUCAACAUGAUUCUGGCUUAGGCUUACCUUCCAUGAGUGAACAAAUGCAUCAAGAAGAACAAGAUCUUGUGAACAUGAUGGCAUCUUCUGGGCUUCAUGGAUUCAAUGGUCAAGUUCAUAUGCCAAUGAGUCAAUUACCAUUUCCAUUCUCCCCAUCUUUUCUAGCAGGAAUGGGAUACGCACAAAGGAAUUUCACAAACUUUCCCAUGAUUGAUCCUGCAUAUGCAGGAAUGCAGUAUCCCCAUGGCCUCGUUUCACCUCAACUAAACCAUUUCUUUUCUGGAAUCGGAAUGACGAAUUCCGAAGAUCCAAUGGAACCCGUGAAUGAUAAUUUUAACUCUCUGGAAAUCAACUCUAUUGAUCAUGAACAUGAUUCCUGGCAGGGACAAGAUGGGAAUUCUGAAAUUGUUCCAAUAGAUGAUAAGCGACAGUCAACCUCAUCAGGGUUAAGUUAUGUUCCUCCGCCUCGGCGUGUGGGUGGAUCCGGUGGAUUAACGAAAAGCCAACAGAAGUAUAACAAAGAAAAACGUGGGCCCAUGAGGGACAACAAUGAUCAUUCACAUUCACAUUCACAUUCGGAUCAUUUAGAGAAUAGAGUAGAAAAUGAUGAUGAAAGAACUACAAGUUCAAGAUUCUCAUCAGCUGCUCACAGUAAUUCCUUAAAAAGUAAAACAUCAUCAGAAAGUUCAUGGGACGAGAGUUCAACAGUCUCCAAAAAGGAAAAACGUGGGAAAAAGGUAAUUGUCUCUGCUGAGUCAUCGAGCGGAUAUGUAAAAGGGAAGACCAUGUUUGAGUCCACGUCAGCAUCAGCACACCAGUCCGAAGACGAUGACAUGGACUCUGAGGCAACAGAUAGACCUCAGUCUGUGUCUUCUUCGAUGCAUGCUCCAAGAUAUGAACUGGCUCAAACAAGUGGAAAUGACUCGAUUGUCCCUAUAGCUCCAAUGAUUCUAGGCCAUAACAGACAAAGAAUGAUGGAUAAUUCCGGAGCAAUGCCCUUGACAUUUUACCCCACGGGCCCACCCGUUCCCUUCCUGACAAUGCUUCCAUUCUACAAUGUCCCAUCACAACCCAGCCCAUCUGAUCCAUCAACCAGUCAUUUCAGCGAUGAUGUCAGCAUUGAGAAUGGUGACAUCAUCAACAACCAAUCAGAGGAAUUCAAUCCAGAUGGUUUGAGAGGAGCAGCUCCUGGUGAAACACCAUCUGAUAUCCUCAACAGUGACUUUGCCAGCCAUUGGCAGAAUCUACAAUUCGGUCGGUAUUGUCAAAGUCCACGUCAGCACGGGCCCACGGUAUACCCUUCACCUGUCAUGGUCCCACCGGUUUACUUACAGGGGCGGGUCCCAUGGGAUGGCCCGGGAAGACCGUUACCAAAUAUGAAUAUAGUGACUCAGCUCAUGAACUACGGUCCCCGCAUUGUCCCGGUUGCAGCACCACCACCGGUUCAAUCCGUUUCCAGACCGCCAAAUGUUUACCAACAACGUGAAGAUCUUCCAAGAUACCGUAGCGGGACCGGGACUUAUCUUCCAAAUCCCAAGGUGUCUGUAAGGGAGAGACAUAGUUCAGGGUCAAGAAGGGGAACUACAACCAUGAUAGAAGUGAGAAUCAUAAUGAAGGUAGCUGGAAUGGGAAUUCAAAAUCAAGAGGCUCAAACCGGAAUCAUAGUCGUAACCAAAUGGAUAAAUCAAACUCGUUUAGGGCAGAAAGAUCGGUGAAUUCAUCGUAUAGACAUGAUACAUUUGCUACAUAUCAGACACAAAAUGGUCCUUUGCAUGGGAGUUCAAGUCAUGGGAUUGGGAUGUAUCAAAACCCAUCUGCCAAUGGGUCAAGUGUUCCUUCAAUGGUGAUGGUGUAUUCGUAUGACAAUAAUAAUACGGGUUAUGGUUCACAUAAUGAACAGCUUGAAUUUGGGUCGAUAGGUCCUGUUGGGUUUUCUGGUGUGAAUGAGCAGCAAUCACAGGCACAGAUAAAUGAGGGAGGUCGUGAAAGAAGAGGGGCAUUUGAGGAAAAUCGGUUAUAUGGGGCUUCUCUACAACAACAACAACGGCCUUCACCAGAUCGGCCUUCAUCGCCACAUCAUCAAAGGAGGAUUUGAUUCUGUUCAUCUGCCACAUCACUUGCCAUUUGCCAAAGGUGAUCAUCAAGAUUCCAUCUGGAGCUUUACAAGAACAAAAUUCACAAUAUCAUCACACAGAAAAGUCUCUUUGGUCCAAAGGUAACAAGCAGAUUGCCAUAAUGGGCUUGUGUGUAAACUGCCAAAGUUGGGGGUUGUGGUGGUGGUAUGUUGUUGGGAAGAUUUCAUUUUUCUAUUUUUAAUUUCUUUUACUUUUUUAAUUUUGCAUCAUUGCCUUGUGGGGUUGAUGAUGAUUAUGUACUUUUAUUUCCGUAUACAACUCUUUUUCUUGAGAUGUAGAAUAUUUUUAGGGUAUCCAUAAACCCUGGUAUACGUUUUGUUGCUGGGGUUUUGACAUGAUGAUGAUAUUGGUUAGGGUUUGUAGUACGCUAAGACACAAGUUUGUACUAACUUCCUUUGACCCUCUUGUGACAGUGUUCAGUGUAUCAUUUAUAAUAGAAGAAUCAAAUGAAGAAGUCGUAGU